AUGGCCAAUGGUGGUAAUACUACCAUCCCACCACCAAAUUUCCCAACUCGAAACGAGCCACGUGUAUGGUUUGUAACGAGCGGGGACUCAGCCGUAGGGAUUGCAUUGGCAAGACAAGCUCUCGAUCAUGGGGACUACGUAGUUGCGGGCAUCAAUCAGUCUGAAUUCGAGACAGAUGGCGGCAGAAGUCAUGGCUUCAAGCUAUUUCUUGCAGAAGUCGGUCGUUCACCUGGCUGGAAGGAGCGCCUGAAGAUCGUUGCCCUCGACAUUCGGUCGGUCGGUCAAUGUCAAGCCGCGGUUGCUGUUGCUGUUGCGGCUUUUCAGAAGGUCGACAUUCUCUUCUGCUGCACCAGCGAAGCAGUCAUUGGCACUGUCGAAGAGAUGGCCGCCACUUCGCACACGUUGACGCUUGUGCGCGACCAAUUCGAGCGCAAUUACUUCGGACCUAUGAACAUGAUCAGAGAGGUCAUACCUGAGAUGCGCAGUAAGCACAAUGGCCAUAUCAUUGUACUGGCAGGCAUCACAGGGCAUCUUGGGACGCCCGGCCUGGGCAUGUACUGUGCAGCAGGAUGGGCCUUAGAAGGAUUCUGCGACAGCAUCGCCUAUGAGAUUGCACCAUUCAACAUAAAGUUGACCAUUGUCCAAGCGUCCAUCGAGAUUGGUAUUCUAACCAACAAGAUCACCUCUGCUCCUCCAAUGAGGGCGUAUUCACCACAAGACGGCAAUAAUGCUCCACUGUUCCGAGGCCUGCUCGAUGGCUUACUCAACCAACUGCCGGGCGUCAAGGCAGAAUAUCCUCAGUCGCCGGGCCUGGAUACGCGAUCGCCAUCCUCAGAAGUAGCUAGGCAAAGUGGGCCGUCGCUGCUGAGUCAAGACGAGGUCGUGAGCCUCUACCCGCCUCUCAGCCCGGCUCAUACAUCGAAGCUGGUUGCAGAGACUGUUCAUGCAAUAACCUCGAUCGGUGGUCACUCAAAUCCACCUGCGCGCCAUAUUGUCGGCAUAGAAGGGGUGGCCAGCGUGAAAGAGAAGCUAAAGACUGUGAGUGAGGAGCUGGAAGAGUUCGUGGAGACCAGCAUCUCCGCAGACAUCUCCAAUGAACGCCCAGCCGGCAAAGCACGCAGCAGCGACAGUGAUACGGUCGAGCAAGCGUCUUUUCUACAUCGGAUGGGCGGUAUACCCUAG